AAAUCUACAGAAGAAGAACAGAACGCAAUAUCCGGCUGAAGUAUUAUAGGCGGAUGUUCAACCGUCGUGAAAUCCGCAGAAGAAGAAGACGAAGAAGACAGCAAUGCAGCGAGACAAAACAAGCAACGCCGGUGCGGCUGAAAAGCCCGACCGGGAGGCAGCCAUCAUGUCGAAAUACUACGAUGGGGUUGAAUUUCCUUUUUGUGACGAGUUCUCGAAAUAUGAGAAAAUGGCCAAAAUUGGACAGGGCACAUUUGGAGAGGUGUUUAAAGCAAAACAUAGACAGACUGGAAAGAAGGUUGCACUGAAGAAAGUUUUAAUGGAAAAUGAGAAAGAAGGGUUCCCAAUAACGGCUCUGAGAGAAAUCAAGAUUCUGCAGCUGCUCAAACACGAAAAUGUGGUCAACCUGAUCGAAAUUUGCAGAACCAAAGCAACUCAGUUCAAUAGAUACAAAGGCAGCAUCUAUUUGGUGUUUGACUUCUGUGAACAUGACCUCGCUGGACUGCUGAGCAAUGCCAAUGUGAAGUUCACCUUGGCAGAAAUCAAGAAAGUCAUGCAGAUGCUGCUUAAUGGACUGUACUACAUCCACAGGAACAAGAUUCUUCACAGAGAUAUGAAGGCAGCCAAUGUGCUCAUCACCAGAGACGGAGUUCUGAAGCUGGCUGACUUUGGUUUGGCUCGAGCAUUCAGCCUGGCUAAGAACAGCCAAGGGAACCGCUACACCAACCGUGUGGUCACACUGUGGUACCGACCUCCAGAGCUGCUGCUAGGUGAGCGAGACUAUGGACCUCCAAUUGACUUGUGGGGAGCAGGCUGCAUCAUGGCAGAAAUGUGGACCAGGAGUCCAAUUAUGCAGGGCAACACAGAGCAGCACCAGCUCACUCUUAUUAGCCAGCUCUGUGGAUCCAUCACAGCUGAGGUAUGGCCUGGUGUGGAUAAGAAAUAUGAGCUGUACCAGAAAAUGGAGCUUCCCAAAGGCCAGAAAAGGAAAGUGAAGGAUCGACUCAAAGCCUACGUCAAAGACCCUUAUGCUCUGGACCUGAUAGAUAAGCUUCUGGUCCUCGACCCAUCGCAACGCAUAGACAGUGACGAUGCCCUCAAUCAUGACUUUUUCUGGUCCGACCCCAUGCCGUCAGACCUGAAGAACAUGCUCUCCACUCACAACACCUCUAUGUUUGAGUACCUGGCGCCACCUAGACGGAGAGGCCACAUGCCCCAGCAGCAGCCGAAUCAGAACAGAAACCCAGCCACUACCAGUCAGACAGAGUUUGAUCGUGUCUUUUAGUGGCUCAAGACACUAUUCACCUGGGCUGCCUGGACUUCUGGUUUCCAUAAGCUACACUGUCCUUUUUCGUUAAGGUUUCUUGGACAAUAGCUGGACUUUUCUACAGAUGAUGUAGACCGUGCUGACCAGAGAGACGACUGAAAUGCUCAGAGCUCCUCAAAGACUUUUUCUUUUUAGAUAUUUUCAACCUUAUAAAAAUGAAGACACCGAUGACGUUUGUUUUCUUUGAAUAAACAAUACUCUGUCAUUGGUAAUUUUGAUGACUACGUACCAGUGAAUGUGUUAGGUUUUGCAUUUCCUACUUAAAGAAAUACAACUUUUAUUAUUAUUAUUA